AUGAAUGGGAAUGGGCUUACGGUACCUGAGAACGGCGAUGGACGCACGAGGAAGCUCAGCAACAGGUUUUAUGUAGGAUUAUUCCGGGGAAUUGUGAUGUAGAAGGGAAAAUUUUGGGUUAAAUUUUUGUAAUAAGUAAUUUUUUUAUUUUUUUUUUACUUUCGUUUGCGACGAAAGUUUUCUGAAAUUGAGAUCUCAGAACUGAAUUUUGGGAACUUCCUUUCUGCCCAUAAAAAGGCAAAUACGCCAAUUUAAUAGGUUAUACGUAUGCACUUAGUAUGAAAGACUUUCAGACAAUCCAAAGUCUCAUUUCAUAGCUGUACAUCCAUUUAUGUUGCCCUUCCUUCAGGUGACCCCCUCAUCCAGUAAUAUCGCCAAUUUGGAUUCAGAUCAGUCCGCAGGGAGUCCUCGAGAUGAACAGCCAUUGCCGCAGGCCCUCAGGAAAGCGUCGGCGCCAAAUUUUCCCACAGAACCAAUUCUCAACAAUAAUAAAGAGAUCAAAAAGGUAAGGUUUGGUUCUAAAUCUUUUUUAACUCAUCCAUCUGCAAUUUUCAGCCGUUGCCUAAAGAAAAAAGCGAGCCUAUCAACAAUAAUAACAACGAUGACACCAUUACGGCAUCUGGGACAGUUCCUCGCGGGGUUCAAUUUGAUGUCGGAGAGGAGGAAGAUGAUCCAAACAUCACGAUUGGGAGUGGAAGCGGCGUCGAGAAUACUAUUACUGCUAAUUUGAAAAGCUGGAGGUAAUUUUGAGCAGUUUUUGGGAGCGAGUUUUUGUAUGUAUCUGUGAUGACUUUAGGGUUAAAUUUUGCCAGAAUUUAUGGGCACUGGAGAUUGGGAUUUUGCAAGGAAUUCCUGAAACUUUUAAGCCACGUUAUGCCGAAAUGAAUUUUAUGUAAAAUUCGCUUUUUUAAGUAAAGUUUUGACGAUUUUUUCAGGUAUCAAAAAACCCUCGACCACCCUCCAUUACUUGAUUUUUAUCGAAAUUCGACCGAUGAAACGGGUCCCUGCGCCCACCGCCCAUCAAUGUUGGAGCUCCUUCAUGGAGAAAAAGCGGAUGAAGUCAAGGAUUUCCAAAAACAAAACGAGGAUCUGGUCGAUCAACAUCUCUCUCACGAAUGUUUGAGUGAGGCCAAGUUAUUGGAAGAGGACAAAGAAAAAGAGAAAAAGAAAAAUAGAAAGAAAACGGUAGAGGAGAAAGAUCUGGUGAUCCCGUUGAUUGAAUCAUCGCCGGUUAAGAUAAAUCCCAAAGUAAACACGCCCAGGAAGAAGUUCGGAUGGAUCGAGGGCGUCUUUUUCAGGUAAGAAUCGCGAUUUGCAUUGUUACUACUGUUUUGCCGAUGCAUUGUGCGGUUCAAUCCGUUCUGCACGGUGCAAGCCAAACGUGAAUUCAAAAUGCACUGUGCAAAGAAUAAAUUUCUUCAUUUUCAGAUGCGUUCUCAACAUUUUUGGUGUCAUCCUGUACCUUCGCGUGUCCUGGGUGAGUGGCCAAGCCGGAAUAGCCUUAGGCGAGAUGGUUGUCUUCCUCGCGUCUACCGUAACCACCAUAACCGCUCUUUCCACCUGUGCAAUUUGCACAAAUGGAGAAGUAAAAGGGGGCGGGGCAUAUUUCUUGAUCUCCAGAUCAUUGGGGCCUGAGUUCGGCGGUUCAAUUGGCCUUAUAUUCUCUGUGGCCAAUGCUGUCGGCGCCGCAAUGUACAUAGUUGGAUUUGCGGAGACAGUGCGAGAUCUGAUGCGAGAAUAUGGAGUCAUGAUAAUCGAUGGGGAAAUGAACGAUGUCCGAGUUGUUGGCCUCAGUAAGUUGUGUCUGACACAAUUAUUUCGUUUUUAGUCACCUGUGUCAUCUUGAUGGGAAUUAUUUUUAUCGGAACUGAUUUUGAAAGCAAAAUGCAAAUGGGGUUACUUGUGGUACUACUCUUAUCAAUUGUAAACUAUUUUGUUGGAUCAUUUUUACCACCAACACAUGCUCAACAACUUCGAGGGAUCACUGGAUAUAGUUGUAAGUCAGAUAUUUCAAAAGUUAUAUUAUCAUCAUGUAUAAUGUAAAAUUUUAUUUUUUGAUACCGAUUUUGAUAAUUUUAUUUCCAGAUUACACUUUGAAAGAGAACCUGCUUCCUCAAUUCCGCGAUGGCCACAAUUUUUUCUCGGUUUUCUCCAUCUAUUUUCCCGCAGCAACUGGAAUAAUGGCCGGUGCCAACAUUUCCGGCGACCUCACAGACCCCCAGAAGGCGAUUCCCUUAGGCACUUUGAUAGCCAUCGCGUUUACUACGGUCAUCUACUUCUUUUUGAUCCUCGUUACUGGCUCAACGGCUGUUCGGGAUGCCGAUGGAAUCCAUCUUCCACAUCUGAUAUCAUCCUCAAAUUCCAGUACAAUAUCCGGCUCUUAUGGCCUUCCAAAUCCACAACCAUUGGCCUCAUAUCUCCUCCCAAGCUGUGCUGUCAACAGUACCUGCCCUUAUGGACUUCAGAAUUACUUUCAAAUCAUGGAAACGGGCUCUUUUUGGGGUCCCUUGAUCACUUGUGGCAUCUUCGCCGCCUCGCUGAGUUCGGCGUUGGCGUCGCUGGUCAGUGCCCCCAAGGUGUUCCAAGCUGUUUGCAAGGACGGACUCUUCCCUUAUAUCACAUAUUUUGGACAAGGAAGUGGCAAAGACGACGAGCCAAGACGGGCUUAUUUCUUGGCCUUUGUUCUUGCAAUGCUGAUCGUUUUGGUGGGAGAUUUGAACGCGAUAGCCCCAAUUAUAUCCAACUUUUUCCUCUGCUCCUAUGCCUUAAUCAACUACGCAUGCUUUGAUAAUUCUUUUGCCCACUCUCCGGGCUUCCGACCAGCCUUCAAGUACUAUAAUAUGUGGGUAUCUCUGUUGGGAGCGAUUAUGUGUGUUACGGUCAUGUUUAUCGUAUCUUGGUUUACGGCAUUGCUGACAUUUUUCUUCUUCGCAUUGCUCUUUAUGUAUUUGUCGCAUCGAAAGCCAGGUUCGUUUAUUUUAAACUCACUUUUUGCCCUUUUCUUCAUGACCAUCUAGUACAAUAUAAUUCCUACAGAUGUAAACUGGGGAUCCUCAACUCAAGCGCACUCAUACCGAAACGCCUUACAUGCAGUAACAAGAUUAGAAAAUACCGAUGAACACGUCAAAAAUUAUCGACCUCAGAUAUUGGUAUUGACCGGAAAUCCCGCAGCUCGCCCAAGUUUGGUCGAUUUUGUGAGUAAUAUCACAAAAGACACGAGUCUGAUGAUAUGUGGAUAUGUAGUACCUGUAAGCAAAAAAAAUUUAAUCUAAUUAACCUCCAAAUCAUCCACAAUUUUUAUGCAUAUUAUAUUAACCCUGUUGAUCUUUUUUAGUAUAAUCCUUCGGAUCAAGUGUUUGCAAUGUUACGAAAGCUCAACGACCAGCUCAGAUCAUGGCUCAAGAAGCGACACGUCAAAUCGUUCUACAUUUCGAUCGCCAACACCUCUCUUCGAGCUGGAGUUCAAUCUCUAAUCCAAUCUGCUGGUCUGGGUCGACUUCGUCCCAACGUUUUGGCUAUGGGAUUCAAGCAAGAUUGGCUAGAAAGAGGGGCCUCUAGUGUCGCCGGACUUCAAGAAUACUUCGGAAUCAUCCAGUACGUCUUUUAUACUAUCUAAUUUUUAUUUUCGACCUUAUUUUAGAGAUGCAUUUGAUGCGAAUCUGGGAAUUAUGAUUCUUCGCGCGAAUUCUGGAGGUCUAGACUUUAGUGAAAUGAUGAGAACUCACAACAUUGGAGAUACCAACAGACUGAAGCUGCCUGAUCUCAGCAGUGUACCCAUUCGACCCAAUAUUUCCGAUAAAUCUUUGGCUUUAACAGCAGCUAAUGCUCUCUCAACUCAAGUCAACUCCUCCACGGGAAGUGUGAAUGUGAAUCCACUUGGAGAUAAUCGAAACAAUUCAUCUCAUGUCAAUCUGGGGCUCCGGGAAGGGUCUUCGAAGGGAUUGAGCUCCAACAACAGUAAGUUUGAGGAUGUCUCCAACAUUGUAGUAGGUAAAGUUGAAUAAAACCUAAAUUUUGAAAGGGAAAGGAGUAAAAAAACUUACAAAAAAUUGGAAACUUUGCAAAUCGUAUAAACGUUUUACAUCGGAUUUUGUUCAAUUUUAUGCAACUUUAUUGCUGCAGAAUGCCAAUAUUUUUUGGCGGUAAAAAGUAUUGUUGUGGGGCGCAUGGAAAUGAUCCCUGUAACUUUUAUGUUCUUGUAGGCUCCUUCCGAGAAAGCCAAGCGCCCAUAGAUGACGACUACAUUUCAUCACAAGAGGAGUACGAAGACGAUGAGAGCAGUGAAGAUCCCGAGAAAAAGACAACUGACGUCAGUACUGUUGAUUUGAGUAAACUGGAAGAGGGAAGAAAAGUCAACUUCGAAAUCACUGAACCUGACGAUAAAAAGAAGAGUGUGAGAAGAAGAAAGUAAGAAGCUACUCAAAUUCUAAUAAAUUAUAUUGUAAUCUCCAAGAAUAACCCUAUCUUUUCAAUUCUAGGACCAACAAGAACGAAUACGGAAAUCUAUUUACUCUUAGAACGUAUGUAAAGCAUUCAUAACAUAGGUUUUUGUCCUGUUCUGACUUGUGUUUGAGGUCAUUUCCCCUUGAGUAAUUCAUAGUUCUUGUAACUCACUAAUCUUUACAUUACACUUGAUCACUUUUGAUGUUACACCUACCAAAAAUUGAUAUUUCUCCUAAAAUGUUGUUGAUUUCAGCUCGCGACGGCUUACUUCUGCUCAGAAAGACCUUCUAUUUUCGAUUAACAAGUUCCAAAGGAAAGUGAAAAAGGGUGUGAUCGAUGUCUGGUGGCUUUACGAUGAUGGAGGGUUAUCAUUGCUAGUGCCGUAUCUAUUGACCCAGCCCAAGUCUUAUCUUGAAAAUGCUACCCUGAGGCUUUUUACUAUCUCGACUUCUGCGUCCGGUCUUCAACUUGAACAUCGUGCCAUGGUCGCGUUGUUGAGCAAGUUCAGAAUUCAAUUUUCUGACAUCACAGUACUCCCGGAUGUCGGGAGAAAGCCGAGAAAAGAGACGUAAGUAUAUAUUUAAAGACGUGUUUUACCUCCGGGAAAUGGUUUUGAAGCCUAUGUGUUCUUUUUCCAUUUUUGUUAUUUUAACUUUAGGAUCCAAAAGUUCAACGAUCAAAUCGAGCCAUUCCGAGGCGAUAAACCCCCUUUAAUCACUGAUUCCGAACUUGCAAAUCAAAAGGACCGAACGAUGAGACAAUUAAGAAUCUCGGAGCUCCUGAGGGAGCACUCUGAAGAAGCUGAUUUAAUUAUAUUAUCCAUGCCAAUCCCCAGAAAAGGUGUAACCUCGGGCUGUCUCUAUCUUUCCUGGUUGGAUAUGAUGACCCGGGAUCUUCCCCCCACUCUACUGGUUAGAGGAAACCAACAAUCCGUCCUUACUUUCUACUCCUAG